UGUGUCUUGUCUGUGUCCUGUCUGUUGAGUGUUAACUUUACAUUCAUUCCUAGGAACAAGAUGGGAGGAUCGAGCUCCAAAAACACCCCAUUGGACUGUUUUCCCACUAACUUUAAAUUGGCUUUUUCCCCUGAGCAGGAAGAUGAAUAUGGAAUGAAGUUUUCUCGAGGGAAACUUCGAACCCUCUGCAACUUGGAGUGGCCCGCCUUCGGAGGGGGCUGGCCAGCUGAGGUUUCUUUCGAACCAAGACUUUGUCGGGCAGUAUGGGCAAAGGUCAUUGAACACCCUGGCCACCCCGACCAAUUCCCUUAUAUUACUAUCUGGGCCCAGGCCUGUGAAGAACCUCCGGCAUGGCUGCAGCACUGCUCCCUGCGCACCAGUUCUCAUAUUCUGGUAAUGGUACCAAAUGGGAUAAAGUCCGCAAAGCGGCAGGCACCCAGGCCGGUGUUCUCCCAGGAGCCGGACCCCUUAGAGCCUACUGACCCCAGGUUAAGACCCCCUCCACAUGCAGAACCAUCCCCUGGGGAGGCAGAAGUUAAGUCCAUCUACCCAUCUCCCCCGAAAGAAGGGGAGAUCCCAGAUUCCACCACCUCUCCUUCCCGUACCCGAGGGGGCUCUGCUUAUGGGCCCACGGAGGUGCCCCAGGAGAGACCGGACCCAGUCCCUGUGCUCCCAUUGAGAGAAAUAGAACAAGGUCAUUAUGUAUACAUUUCUUUCUCUACAAGUGAUUUAUACAACCUGAAGCACCAGAAUCCCCUGUUCUCUGAGAAGCCGCAAGCCCUAAUCUCCCUCCUUGAGUCUGUGUUUAAUACCCAUGACCCCACCUGGGAUGAUUGUCAGCAACUUUUACAGGCUCUGCUCACAUCCGAGGAACGAGAAAGAAUUAGAAGACACGCUAUUCAGUCAGUGCUGGGGGGAGCUGAGGGGCUUGUUGACGACCAACAACAACAGGCCCGAGUUGAAGCACAACUCCCCAUCUCCCAUCCCAAAAGGGAAUCGAAUUCCAAGGAGGUAGGGAAGCUCUUCGCAACUACCGUCAGCAUCUCCUGGCCGGUCUUAGGGGAGCCGCUCGCCAGCCUACCAAUUUGAGCAAGGUAAGUGAGGUCCUACAAGGGCCUGAGGAAUCCCCCUCUGCAUUCCUGGAGCGUUUACUGGAGGCGUACUGCACGUACACUCCGAUUGACCCAGACGCUCCAGCGAUCAGGCAGGCAAUUAAUCUGGCUUUUGUAACUCAGUCGGCCCCAGAUAUUUGGAAAAAAUUACAGAGAAUUGAGAGCUUUGAAGGAGAGAAUAGGGAAAAAUUGAUAAGUGUAGCAAUGAAGGUGUUCACAAACAGGGAUCCACCCGAAGAUAGAAUAACUAAAAAGAUGGCAAGGAUAAAUAUAAUGAUGAUGGCAGAAGAGUGUUUUAUACAGAAGGGGAGAAAAAUGAAAUGGGGAAAUAAGAAUUUAAACUAAUCGGAGGAGAAGAAAAUUCUCCAGAACAGGACUUGCAGGAGGUAAAAAGCUGGGUGGAGACCAUCCACCCAAUGGUACCGAACCCCUACACACUGCUGAGCCUCAUUCCGCCUGCACAUGUAUGGUAUUCAGUUCUUGAUCUCAAAGAUGCAUUUUUCAGCCUGCCCUUGGCACCAGUAAGCCAGCCGCUCUUUGCAUUUGAAUGGACAGACCCGGACACUGGAACUACUGGACAAUUGACAUGGACUCGAUUGCCACAAGGCUUUAAGAACUCCCCCACACUGUUCGGGGAGGCUCUCAGCAGAGAUCUACAAGAGCCACCGAGGGACUCCUGGAGGCCCUACAAGGUCUGGGAUAUCGAGUGUCCUGAAAGAAAGGCCAGAUCUGCAAAACCAAGGUAACUUACUUGGGUUAUGUUCUUGAAAAGGGAAAAAGAAAGUUAGCUGAAUCCAGGGUGUCAGCGAUCCUUCAGAUCCCCAUGCCCCGCUCAAAGAAGCAGGUGUGUGAGUUCCUGGGGGCCAUAGGAUACUGCAGAAUUUGGAUACCUAGCUUUGCUGAAAUUGCCAAACCCCUGCAUGAGGCUAUGGUGGGGGGAACUACACCCCUUGAGAUAUUUUCACUGAUAGCCAUUAUGCUUUUGCUACUGCCCAUGUACAUGGAGAAAUUUAUCAGAAUAGAGGACUUUUAACAUCAGAUGGGAAAGAAAUUAAAAACAAAGUUGAGAUAUUGGCUCUGCUGCAAGCCAUUUGGCUGUCAAGGGAGGUUGCCAUCAUUCACUGCCAUGGACAUCAAAGGAAUUCCAGCCCUGAAGCGAUUGGAAACAACGCAGCUGACCAGGCAGCAAAGCAAGCUGCCCAAAAAUCAGUGGGGAAACAAAUGGUGCUGCUACCUACACCCGUGCUCCCAGACAGACCUGAAUACACAGAGGAAGAAAUAACGGAGAUGAGUAAGAACCACUGGACAAAGGAAAGCAUGGAUGGUGAACGACAGAUGAAGGGAAGGUCGUUCUGCCAGCCACGGUGGCCAACACUUUGCUAAAUGAGCUCCAUGAAUCCACCCACCUAGGAGAAAAGAGGAUGAUGGCCCUGCUACAGCCCCACUUUGUCAGCAGAGAAUUAGCCCAGAAGGCCCGGGACAAAGUGAGACCGUGCCCCACCUGCCUCAAGGUUUGACUCCAAGACCUUGGAACCACGGUGGAAGGGGUCUUUUCCAGUUGUCCUGUCUACUCUGGCUGUGAAGGUUGCGGGACACCCGACAUGGAUCCAUCGCAACCACCUCAAGCCCGGACUGGACAACAGCCCAGAGGUGCACAGAAAAUGGAGCGUUGUCAGCAAACCCAGAGAAUUGAAAGUAAAACUCCACUCAACUGGACCUGCAUUAUGAUCUGGGUGAUUUCCCUUGGGAAAAUAAUAGCGUUGUCCAAAGAGAACUUAGGUCAUACUAAAAAUGUUUGGGUACAAUUAGCUGAAUCCCUAAAUUUGUCUGAAAUAUGUUUAAAUGCUGAUGUGAAUUUUCAUUAUGUGCUUGGAAGUUGUUUGGUUCCAGUAUG